UGUUCAGCUUCUCAUAGCAGAACUUCUCCGAGCCUCCAGACUCUGAAACAAAGAGCAGAAAGAUGAAUGAAACCUGAAAUCCAGGUUCAGCAUCCCCAAACCAAUCUCCGUCAUCCGUGGCGCGCACCCACCCUCCGUCUCCACCAACAACAGAGCUCACAGUUCGGUGGGGCUCAGACUUCACAUGCGGGCGAGCYUUUUCUGAUGACAAGACCAGAGCAGCAGAGAAAAGGAAAAGAAAAAGAGAGAAAACAAGAAGUAUUCACUGACUGCCAGCCGUGGAGCUGUAGCUGUUUUCACCCAAAUCCAAACAUUUCUGCGCCUUUAGGGCACACCCGACUCUAGUUUCAACACUAGAACCGACAAGAACGACUGGGAAACUGGGAUUCUGGAGAGGAGCAGAAAAGUCACAGCCAAGUCUGAGCAGGUAACUUUAAAGGAGACGUCGCUGCAGKAAUGGAAGACUACAACUACACCUAUGAAAAUGAUCUGGAGUACGGCGACUACGAGGAACUCAAAGCCAGCAGCGAGCAGACAAACCCCAUCCACAUCGUCUCUGUGGUGGUCUACAUCAUCAUCUUCGUGCUGGGUGUGAUCGGAAACGGAACGGUGAUUUGGGUGACGGCGUUCAAAAGCAAAAGGACGGUCAACAGCGUGUGGCUACUCAAUUUGGCCGUGGCAGACUUUGUGUUUGUGCUUUUCCUGCCUUUCUACAUCGACUACAUCCUGAGGGACUUCCACUGGAGCUUCGGCGUGGUCAUGUGUAAGAUGAACUCGUUCGUGUCCGUGAUGAACAUGUUCGCCAGCGUCCUGUUCCUCACGGUGCUCAGUGUCGACAGGUACGUCUCGCUGGUCCACCUGAACUGGUCUCAGAGGCACCGCACCGUGGCCGGCGCCUGGCUGGUGUGUGCUUGCGUAUGGGUGGCGGCUGCRAUACUGAGCUGCCCCGCGCUGGUCUUCCGUGACAUCAUGCGCUUGCACGACAAGGUGGUGUGCUUCAGCAACUUCCACACGCAUGACCAACACAAAGCAGCUGUAAGACACAUCACAAUAGUGGUGAUCCGGACGUCGGUGGGCUUUCUGUUGCCGUUUACGGCCAUAUGUGUGACGGGCGUGCUUCUGUCGACGAAAGUGAAAACAUCCAGGGGAUCGGUUCGCGUGUCGAGCUUCUCCAAAAUGGUCACUGCUGUAAUUCUGGCCUUCUUCCUGUGCUGGGCGCCCUUUCACGUGUUCAGCUUGAUGGAGUUGACCAUACAUUCCUCGACUUACCUCCUGAAACUUUUAAGGGACGGCUUUCCUCUUGCCACCAGCUUGGGCUUCUUUAACAGCUGCAUGAACCCCCUGCUGUACAUGCUCCUUGGCAAAAAGGUGCGGACCAUCCUGAAGCGCGCGUGCCUCAACCUAACCAAGAGUUCGCUCCGAGAGCUCAGCCAGUCCAUCUCUGCCACCGAGGUAGAGUCUGUGCCGGGAAAUCCUCAGGACAGUGGCGCAGAAGUCAUCCUGGCCUCAUCCACUCUUUGAUAACGACCGCCCACAGCUGCGCGGGAAGUGGAAGAACAAGAGACCCUUCUAAUUGUUUUAAGUUUUACAGUCCACGUCAAGGUUUUAAGCAGAUUUUGCACGAAUGUGUUGAAGACAACGCUCAGCUACCACAUCAAAUUUUAGCUCAAUAUCCAUCACAUUUAAUGAGUUAUAUGUUGAGUCCGUCGUAGAUGUCAGCUCUGUUGUUACUUCCUGAGAGUUUCAUCAAAAUCAGCCCAGCAACACAGACAAACUAACAGAAACAUCACUGGUUUGCCUUGGCAGCGGGGUAAUAACCAUCCACAGAUGGGCUGACUUGAUAAUGAAAAAAGUAAGCUGUGCACAUUCCAGCCAUAGUGUUAAGAUUUGCCUGUUUUGUUCCCUUUGGACAGAGUCACGCCCACAUCCUCUGACAAUUACUCUCACUGGAAAAGCUGAACAGAACCGAAGAUGCUUUCAUUCAAACCAAGAUAUUUGCACAGAAAAAAAUUAAUCUGGGUUCAGUCGUUCUAAAUAAUGAUCUUUCAACACAUUUUUAAAUAAUGCUUCAACAAUUUGAACUUAUUUUAUACAAGAAUUUGCUUUUUUGUCCUCUGAAUAUAAAUGUUUAUUCACAAAAUCUUUAUCUAACUUUCUUUCACAGCUAAGAUUGAGACAAUAUUGUUGGUCUAAGCUCCUGAUUAAAGCCAUGUAGCAUUUUUAAACUCGUGUAUCAACAAAAUGAAUACUGAACAGGUUACACUGGUUUUUCAAAGUGAAAUGUAAGACGGAUUUGUAAUUGGAGCACAUUAUGCUUUUAAAAGUUUAUGACUGCCAAGACUAUCUCGACUGUUAAUGUAUGCAAACUCUUUAAAGUAAAGAGCUGAAUAAAUAUUUUAUUCAAAUGUAUUUAUCAUAAAAGAUUCUAUAUCUUAAUAAAUCUGUUUUUAUGAAUUG